AUGGAUUAUGAAAAAGCUAUUAGUGCAACAGAUAUGACAAUGAUAAUUGUUCCAACACCAUCAGAUCCACAGACCGGAUUUUUUAGCAAUGAUUACGUGCUUUCGGCUAUUAAAUCAAUCGGAGAAGUUAUCAAGUCGCGUAAUAAAUACCAUCAGAUAGUUGUUACAUCAACAGUGAUGCCGGGUUCAAUGGAUGGGGUUAUUCGUGAUACUCUGGAAUCAUCAUCUGGCCGCAAAGUUGGGUGUCGAGAUAAUGAAAUUGGUUUGGCAUACAAUCCUGAGUUCAUUGCACUAGGACAAGUUAUUAGAGAUAUGUUGAAUCCAGAUUUUAUCCUAAUUGGUGAAAGUGACAAGCGUAUUGGAGAUGCUUUGGAAGCAUUAUAUUUAACAACAAUCGCUAAACGACCAUUGCCAUUUCACAGAAUGAACUUUAUUAAUGCGGAAAUAACGAAAAUUUCUAUUAAUACAUAUGUGACAACUAAAAUAACUUAUGCUAAUAUGCUAGGUGAACUGUGUGAAAAUUUACCAGGAGCUGAUGCUGAUAUUGUUAGUGCUGCUGUUGGCUGUGAUUCCCGUAUCGGAAACAAAUAUUUAAAAUGUGCCUUAGCAUAUGGAGGACCGUGUUUUCCAAGAGAUAAUCGUGCGUUUGUUGCUUUAGCAAAAUCUGUGUCCGCUAAUGCAUUAUUAGCCGAAGCAACUGACCAAUUAAAUAAUUAUCAAAUCGAAAGAUUACUAAGCAUAUGUGAACAGAUAGCAGAACUUAGUUGUGGCGAUUUUUCACAACUUAAACCAAAAGUUGGUAUAUUGGGUUUAGCUUACAAACCUGAUACUCCUGUUGUCGAGUGUUCAGCUGCUUGUGCAUUAGCCAAUAAGCUUAUUGAUAACUUUGAUGUAUGUGCAUAUGAUCCAUUGGCCAUGCCAUCGGCUUCUACAAUAUGUGAUAGGCGUGUACAAUUAGUUAAUUCUAUUGAUAUGCUUCUUUAUGCACAGAACAUUGAUAUUUUGAUUAUUGCUACUGCUUCAAAUAGCUGGAAAAACAUUAAGUUCAAUCGUACAGGGAAAAAAACUUUGUAUGUAGUUGAUUGUUGGCGGUUACUGAACAAAAAAGAGGUGGAGAAAAAUAAUCUAUCUACUCACAUCAUAUUAUUAGGAAAUGGUGAUUCAAAAAUGGAGCUGAAACAACUGAAACGAUUAGAUAAAAAGUGUACAAUAGAUAUUAUUGAACGUUCCAUUAAUGGUGGUAGUAAGCGUCGUAUAUUGGUGGCUGGUGGAGCUGGUUUCAUUGGUAGUCAUUUAGCUCGGCGAUUGCUAGAAGAUGGUCAUUAUGUUAUUUGUGCUGAUUGGAAAAAAAAUGAAUAUUUCCAUGAAGAUGAGUUCUGUAAUGAAUUUUUACAUAUGGAUUUGCGUGCAUUCGAUAAUUGUUUAUUGGCAACUAAAAGAUGCGAGUGGGCCUUCAAUUUAGCUGCUGACAUGGGAGGAAUGGGGUAUAUUCAAUCGAAUAAUUCAGUAAUUUUAUUCAAUAAUACAAUGAUCUCAUUCAAUAUGAUAGAAGCUGCCAGACAGAAUGGUGUUCAGAGGUAUUUUUAUGCUUCCUCUGCAUGUGUUUAUCCUGAACAUAUUCAAACUGAAGAAAAGGUUGCGGCGCUUCGAGAAGAACAAGCCUGGCCCGCAAAACCACAAGAUUCAUAUGGUUUAGAAAAAUUGGUAUCAGAAGAAAUGGCAAUACAUUAUUCAAAAGAUUUCGAGAAUAUGCAAACUAGAAUUGCGCGGUUUCACAACAUUUAUGGGCCUGAAGGUAUGUGGAAAGGAGGUAGAGAGAAGGCUCCGGCAGCAUUAUGUCGAAAAGUAUUAGUGGCACAUGAAGGAGAAAACCACGGUGUAGUUACAAUAUGGGGGGAUGGAAAACAAACACGAUCAUUUUGUUAUAUUGAUGAUUGCAUCGAUGGAAUAAUGCGUCUGAUGCAAUCAGACUACACUCUACCGCUUAAUAUUGGAUCAGACGAAAUUGUUUCUAUGAAUGAUAUGAUAGGCUUAAUUUGUAGAAUCGAAAAAGUUGAUGUUACGCUCAAACAUAUUCCAGGACCGGAGGGUGUUAGAGGAAGAAAUUCUGACAAUACCCUAAUAAAAAAAGUGUUGAAAUGGGCACCUUCAACAUCACUAAGUGAAGGACUAAAACGUACAUACAACUUCAUAAAAAAUGAAUUACAAAGAGAGAAAAAAAAUGGAAUCGAUAUCUCGGCAUAUGCUUUGUCAAAAAUUAUUCCACAAACGACAGAAACACUGGAAAACAUUGGCCAAAUGAAACCCAGUAACAAAAUUUGCAUGUAA